AUGUUCUCAUCCUCCAAGAAGAAUCUCAAGACCAUGCUGGAAGUCUUUGCUGUUUUCCAAUGGUUCUUCAGUAUCAUCCUUAUCAUAACUGUGGCGAUCCUUGGCAACCUCUACGUACUGGUGUUCACAUCAUACUGGCCUGUCACUGUGCUCAUUUUCAUCUGGCUGGCCUUUGACUGGAAGACCCCUGAGCAAGGUGGCCGCCGAUUAAACUGGGUAAGGCGGUGGAGACUGUGGAGAUACUACUGCAAUUACUUCCCUAUCAAGCUUUUGAAGACGCAUGAUAUUUCCCCCAGCCACAACUACAUCCUUGUUUGCCACCCUCACGGGCUCAUGUCUCAUGCAGUCUUCGGCAAUUUUGCCACUGAAGCCACAGGCUUCUCCAAGAUCUUUCCUGGCAUCAUCCCCUAUACGCUCACACUAGGAGCCUUUUUCUGGGUGCCUUUCUUGAGAGAAUAUGUAUUGUCUACAGGGGUCUGCUCUGUGAGCCAAUCCUCCAUGGACUUUCUACUUACCCAGAAGGGCAAAGGAAACAUGCUCAUUGUGGUGGUUGGUGGCCUGGCUGAGUGCAGAUACAGCCUGCCAGGGUCUUCCACCCUGGUCUUGAAAAAACGAUUCGGCUUUGUACGUGUGGCCCUUCGACAUGGGGUGGCACUAAUCCCUGCCUAUUCCUUUGGUGAGACAGAACUCUACAAUCAGUACAUUUUCAGUCCUGGGGGAUUGGUCAACUGCUUCCAGAUGUGGUUCCAGAGUCUAGUACACGUCUACCCUUGUGCUUUCUAUGGGCGUGGCUUCACCAGGAACUCCUGGGGCUUUCUGCCCUAUGCUCGGUCUCUAACCACCGUUGUCGGGGAGCCUCUAUCACUGCCCAAGAUUGAGAACCCAAGUGAGGCAGAUGUGGCUAAGUACCACGAGCUCUAUAUUGAUGCCCUACGUAAACUGUUCAACGAGCAUAAGACCAAGUUUGGAAUCUCAGAGACCCAGGAGCUGGAGAUAAUUUGA